CACCGCUCCCGGCCCGGGCGGGCUCCCCGCGCGGGCGCGCCUGAGCCUCCGCGCCCCGGCCGGGGCCAGAGACGAUGAUUCCGCCGGGGGAGUGCAUGUAUGCUGGGAGGAAAAGAAGGAAGCCCAUUCAGAAACAGAGGCCUGCUGUGGGGGCCGAGAAGUCGAACCCUUCCAAGCGGCACCGGGACCGCCUCAACGCCGAGCUGGACCACCUAGCCAGCCUGCUGCCAUUUCCACCCGACAUCAUCUCCAAACUGGACAAGCUUUCGGUCUUGCGUCUCAGCGUUAGUUACCUCAGAGUGAAGAGUUUCUUCCAAGCCCUGCAGGAGAAGUGCCCGCGGCAGUCAGCGGCCAGUGCCCCCACACCAGGAGACAGCGGUCUGCGCGGAGGGUCCGCAGUGCUGGAGGGAAGGCUGCUGCUGGAGUCCCUCCAUGGCUUUGCUCUGGUCGUGAGUGCAGAAGGCAUGAUAUUUUAUGCAUCAGCGACCAUCGUGGACUAUUUGGGCUUCCACCAGACGGACGUGAUGCACCAGAACAUCUACGACUACAUCCACGUGGACGACCGCCAGGACUUCUGCCGGCAGCUGCACUGGGCCAUGGACCCUCCCCAGGUGGUGUGUGGGCAGCCCCCACGCUCGGAGACAGGAGAGGACGCCGUCCUGGGGAGGCUGCUCAGGGCCCAGGAUGGGGGUGCCGGCUCGCCCACCGAGUACUCAGCCUUCCUGACGCGCUGCUUCGUCUGCCGUGUGCGCUGCCUGCUGGACAGCACCUCGGGCUUCCUGACGAUGCAGUUUCAAGGAAAACUACAAUUCCUGUUUGGACAGAAGAGGAAGGCGCCGUCAGGGACCAUCCUGCCCCCUCGGCUCUCACUCUUCUGCAUCGUGGUACCUGUUCUCCUACCUUCCAUGGCAGAGAUGAAAAUGAAGAGUGCGUUUUUGAGGGCGAAGCACAGGGUGGACAUCUCGACCACGACGGACACAAAGGCAAAAGCUACCACGAGUCUGUGUGAGUCAGAAUUGCAUGGAAAACCCAAUUACUUAGCAGGAAGGAGCAAUGGGGAAAACAGCAUUUCGGUGUUCAGGACACAGACGGAUGCCGGCCGCUGGGCCCGGGUUCCAGCCAGGGCCCCGUGCCUGUGCCUCAGGGGUGGCUCCGACCUCGUCCUUGACCCCGAGGGGGCCACAGGGGUCAGUGGAGGAGAGGAGCUCGGGAGGGGGCCCAGUGGCUCCUCCAGUGCGAGGGGGCGGAAAGAAAUACACGCAUACAACUGCUGCUUUGAGACACCGGGACCCAUGAAGCACCUGAAUUGGAUGACAGGGAAACACAGUCAGGACGGUGCCAGGCUGAAGCUGGAGCCCAGCAAACAUGAUCCGUUUUCCAUGCACGCUCCGCCUCUUGGUCCCUGCAUGCCCUACCCGGGUGUCCAGGGCACUGUCCAUGCCAGCGGCAUGGCUGCUUUCAGGAAUUCACCCAGCUCUCACCCAGCAAACCAUUCCCCCAGUGCCUACACCAGCCGGACAAGCAGAGCUUUGCGGGAUGGCGAUCAGGGCCAGGUGCACCCUCCCACCAGCUGCUCCUUCCCCCAGGGGAGCCUGGAGAACGGGCUCCCUCAGCCUGGAGCACAGCGUCUUGCAGCGGGGGGCUAUUCCACGGAGGACGCCAAGUUGCGAGGCGUGUCCAUGCCCCCAGGAGCCCCGUGCAACCCCAUGGUGUCACUUGAUGUGCCCAUCAAGAUGGAGAGUGACUCUGGGUCCGAGGAUGCAGCAGAUGGCUACUCUGUGUCCCCAAGUCACAUGUGGCUAGGAGCCAGUGAUGUGGCCAAGAAACAGCUGGUCACUUUCUCUACCAGGAUGCACCUGAAAUCAGAGCCAGACUCCAGGCACCACCUCUAUGCCCCGCACAUGGGGCAUGGCAUGCACGGGGCUCACUCCAGGCCCGGCAGGGAGCUGGCCCCAUUCCACCCUGCACACUGCGCCUGCCUGGAACGUAUGCAUGUCCUUCCCGAGCCGGAGCCUCCCCCCCACCUCUGUGCGUGGGGCCACCAGCCCCCCACUCUGGGCUGCGACUGCAGAGCUCCUGGCACGGCACCUGUCGUCAAGCGUGAGCCCCUGGACUCGCCCUUGUGGGAUCCUCCCAGCCAGGAUGGGGUGCCCGGGAUGUUCCCCAAAAGUGCCUUGGCGACACUGAUGCCGCCCAAGGCCUCCGAGUGCACUUUCCUGCCAUAGAGCAGGCGUGUCUGAAAACUGCCUCUGUCCACCCUCAGAUUUACCCCUCAGCUGGGAUGGGAGGUGCAGGAUCAGAGCCUCUCUUAAGUGACACUCUACAGAGUUGCACAAGUUCAGUCCUCUAUUAUAUGUGGGUAGGAUGCAACAGUGUAUUCUGUAUUUUGUAAAAUAUCAUGGAAGUUCUUAAAUGCAAAGUGGUUUUAAGUCUGUCCAAGUAUGACAGUAUUUCUCUUUGAGAGAUUAAAAUUUUUCAAUUUUAACGUGAGCCAAUGUGAGACGUGUCGGCCUGGCGGGGCAGUAAUCCAUGCUCCGAGAGGCGGCAGCAGUUGCAGGCUAAUCAGCCUUCAUGUCUGCAAUGCGGUUUCCAGGGGCCCCACGCCCACCUCUCAGCUUCCCUGCCUGUGCUGUGAAGGCAGAUCAAUGCCUCCGUGGAGUAGAUUUCAGAGAGCACUCACACCCUGGGUAUUCCACUGCCCAGACAAUAAAUUAGGAAUGUAACUCACUGAGCUACAGUGACCACGUGCCCAUUCUGGGAAGGAAUCUAGAAAGUUCCAGGCAGGAGAGGUGUCAGCGCCGGGUCCUGCACUUCACUACGAUGUGCAGCACGUGCUCUGUGACUCUACAGCGGAGUUUGAGACCACACUCAGAGUGCAAACUGACAGGAUAAUAUCCUGUCCCUUCUGGAAGUUUCUCUGUUGGUUUGUUUUGGUUUUGUUUUUGUUUUUUGGUGAGGAAGAUUGGCCCUGAGCUAACAUCUGUGCCAAUCUUCCUCUACUUUAUAUCUGGGACGCCACUACAGCAUGGCUUGAUGAGCAGUAUGUAGGUCCGCUCCCUGGAUCCGAACCCGUGAACCCUGGGCCACGGAAGCAGAGUGUGAGAACUUAACCACUAUGCCACCAGCUGGCCCCACUCUGGUGUUUUUAAUGGGCCUCUGAAGAUGGUUUAUACUAAUCUGUCUCUCAGUACAUCGUGUAACUUAAAGUUUACAGAGUCUGGGUUUGGAAGUGCAGUCACGUGUCACAAUGACAUUUCAGUCAACGAGGGACUGUGUCUAUGACGGCGGUCCUAUAAGAUUAGUCCCAUGUAGCCUAAGUGUGUGGUAGGCUGGACCACCUAGGUUUGUGUAAGUUCAUUCUGUGAUGUUCACACAACGACGAAAUCACCUAACCAUGCAUUUCUCAGAACAUCUCCCCGUCAUUAAGCGACACAUGGCAUAUAGAAAAGUACAAAAUGUGGAGAAAAGAAGUAGGAAGUCGACUUGUCUUGCUUUCUUGCUGACUGUCUACAGUUUUUCAAAUGAGGAUUCCAUUCACCAUCUCAGGAAGAAUUAUUAGAGACAAGACAGACAAGUGAUGUUUUUAAAAAAAUUGUAAAGGUAAACAGUCUGAUAUAGGAAAUUUGGAUGCAAAAGCAUAAAUCAGAACGUGGAGGUCACCCAGAGUCCCCACCCAGAGAUGGCACGGCGCCUUUCAGGCACCCCCACCCCACUGGUGCAUUAAUGCAGGGUGUGCACCAGCGCGUGGAAAUCACCCCAAGCAGGAGAAAGCCACAGCAGGGAGCACUUGAGGUCAGGUCCCCCUGCGCCUGGGCCCACCUUUGCUGGGGGGCUGGCCUCUCCUCCUCAGGGACAAGGGCAUCUGCCCCCUCACUUCACCUCCACCUGGGAGUCUAGCAUUGCACGCGUGUCACACGUAGCCAGGAAAACCUAGGACUGUAGAGAAGGGAUUCAGCGACGUCAUGCAUGUUUGCACACCACAGCCAGAUCCCAGUGUAACCAGAGGAGCUGCAGAGUGGGCCGCUCGUGAGGUUAGCACACACAGCUGUCCCUGCCCACGAGGGCCCCUCCGUGCUGCCCCCCUCCCUGACACUCAGAUGCAGCCCUCUGCACCCACUCUCCUGGGACCACGGGCACCAUAGUAGUCAUAGUUGGUGGGUGGAAAGGUCAUGCUUUGUUGACAUAGGCUUCAGCAUCUGGACAUCGACUCUGCAGGUCCUGUGCUCUGGAGAUGCCCAUCGUGCUCGGGUCCCAGGUCUUGGAGCUGCAGUCCCUCCUCUGCUGGGUCAGCGGCAUCAAAACUUCCCCAAAUCAGCACUUUUGUGAUUUUACAGCCAUGCCCCUCCUGAGAAAUCGUGUGGGGAAGAUGAUGAUGGAAUGUAAAAGGUGCAGAUGUGGCAAUUUCUGCUUUAAAAUGUCAUUAUCAGUACUAACUAUAGGCUUAUGUUUUUCUGUGGUCUGUAGCUUUUGCCUAUAUAGCUGAAAAAAUUAAAAUCAAAUAUAAUGUGGGAAUGGGAUGGAAGGGAGGAGAUAAACACAAAUUAUAUUUUAUAUUUUUGCCAUUUCUACUGGAAGAAAAAAGUUUUCAAUAUCUAGACAGUCUUGUUGAAAUUUUUUAAAUGGGUACACUAUAAUGUAACUUUUUGUGCUGUUUUCUCGGUGCCUUUAGAAAGAGCUUUCAAAUAUAUUUCUGAUAUUGUGGUUUGUAUUAAAUUUGCAAUAUUGGUGUAAAAUAAAUCACAUGUUGAUCGUGUUUACCAUAAAUGGAAACGUAUACUUGAUUUUCCAAAUGAAGUCACUUUAUUUCC